AUGGCGGAUUCCGUGACAUCGCCGCCAAAGCCCGUCCACACGAUCGUGCUGGACGCCGGCCUUAUCAUCAAGAAUACCCCGCCGCUUUCCACUUUGCUCGCCCAAUGCGACGAAAUUAUUACUACGCCCGCCGUGGUCAGCGAAAUUCGCGAUCCUGAUGCCCGCGCACGUGUCGAAGCCCUAUACCUCCCCUUCAUGAAGCAGCGAUCGCCAACUCCCCAUAGUUUCAGCGUCAUUAGCGAAUUCGCCCGGAAGACCGGUGACCGAUCAGUCCUGAGUCGCAACGAUAUUGAAGUGCUUGCGUUGGCGUACGAGAUCGAGUGCGAGCGUAAUGGGGGCGACUGGCGUCUGCGCAGUGUUCCUGGACAGAAGCGCGUGAAUGGAAAGCCUCCUGUGAAGGUGGAGGAGCCUAAGGAGGAAGAGUCGAACGGUGUGGACGCCGAUACUGAAGGUGCCAAGGAGGCUCCGGCCACAGAGAGCACUGAAGAGCCUAAGCAAGAGGAGGCUGCCGUGUCGCAAGAUGCUGAAAUCACCGCCGAGGGUGUCACCGAUGCCCCCACCGAUACCUCUGCCGAGAAUGAUACCCCCGAGGAAGCGCAGGAAGACCUGGAUGUGGACGUGGACGCGGACGAAGAUGAUGCUGCUGAUUCCGAUGGCGGAGAAUGGAUUACUCCCACCAACUACAAGAAGCGGCUGGCCCGCGAUGAGGCAGGCGGUGCUGCCGGCACUACCACCGAGCCCAAGAUCAUGCAGGUCGCAACCAUGACUACUGAUUUCGCGUGUCAAAAUGUUUUCAUCUUAGAACAUUCAUCCUGCGCUGCCACGGCUGCUUUUUUUACCACCAAGGAGAUGAGCAAGCAGUUCUGUCCUCGUUGUGGCAAGGAUACUCUGACUCGUGUAUCAUGCACAACCACUGCCAAUGGCCAGUUCAACAUGCACUUGAAGAAGAACAUGCAGUGGAACAACCGAGGCAAUAUCUACAGCGUGCCUAAACCCAUCCACGGAAGUUCCAACGGCAAGUGGAAGGGCGGCGGUGGUAAGGGAGGUUGGGGUACCGAGCUCAUUCUCGCCGAGGACCAGAAGGAGUAUGUCCGUUCCACGGCUGAAGAGGAGCGGCGACAGCGCCGCGAGCGUGACCUCAUGGACGAGGACUACCUCCCUGGCAUCCUGACGGGCGAGCGCAACAAGCACGGUGGUCGUCCCAAGGUGGGCGGCGGCCGCAACAUCAACUCGCGAAAGCGCUGA